CGAAAGUGACGGCGACUGACAGUUUGAAAUUUGGACUGCUUUUUUUUAGCGGCCAGAAAACUUGACGGAUUUUUUUUUCAUUGAACAGCUUUAACUAUGGUGGAGAAGAAACUUUCAAAGAAAGAACAAAAGGCGCAAGCUUUCCGAAAAAAGGGAAAGAAGAACGAAGCACCCGAGCCUGAAGCCUUCCCUGAAUCCGAUUUAAUAGAUGAGGAUGCCGAUUCCAAAGCUACCACAUCUACUGGAAAGCGAUCAAGAGAGGAUGGCGAAUCAGGCAAACUAGACAAUGAAACGGGAGAACCAAGAAAGAAAAAGAACAGACGACCAAAGAAGAAGAACCAAAAUCACACCGGAUAUAUUCUCUUUGUUGGUAACCUUCCAUUUGAUACCACUAAAGCUGACCUCGAGAAGCAUUUCGAGUCAGCAGAAGGAUUAGUUUCAACUCGACUUAUGACAGACAAGGACACCAAAAAGCAAAAAGGGUUCGCCUUUCUCGAAUUUAAAGACAGUGAGUGUCUGCAAAGCGCCUUAAAGUUCCAUCAUACCUUGUUCAAGCGGCGGCAGAUCAACGUUGAAUUGACUGCUGGUGGAGGUGGAAAGAGCGAGGCGAGACAAGAGAAGUUGCAAGUCAAGCGAGAGAAAUUGCGUACUGAGAGAGUAAGUGGACUUUGUCGGUAACUUUUGUGAAUAGCGUCGUUUCUAAUCAACUUUUUCAUCUACAGCAAAAGCUUCAUGAAACCAGUAUAGCACCAGCAAAUGCUGCUAAGGCGGCAUCAUCUUAUGCUAGACGCCAAGCCGCUG